CAUUCUCGCACUUCUUUUCUUUGCUAACGCGUGUGGUGUUGUACAAUGCCUGAGCCGGCAAAAUCCGCUCCCGCGCCCAAGAAGGGCUCGAAAAAGGCGGUCACCAAAGCCCAGAAGAAGGAUGGCAAGAAGCGCAAGCGCAGCCGCAAGGAGAGUUACUCCAUCUACGUGUACAAGGUGCUCAAGCAGGUGCACCCCGACACCGGCAUCUCGUCCAAGGCCAUGGGCAUCAUGAACUCGUUCGUCAAUGACAUCUUCGAGCGCAUCGCCGGCGAGGCCUCCCGCCUGGCGCAUUACAACAAGCGCUCAACCAUCACGUCCCGGGAGAUCCAGACGGCCGUGCGCCUGCUGCUGCCCGGCGAGCUGGCCAAGCACGCCGUGUCCGAGGGCACCAAGGCCGUCACCAAGUAUACCAGCUCCAAGUGAGUCCCUGCCGGGACACGGCGCUCGCACGGGUCGCCGGCCGCUUGACUCCAAAGGCUCUUUUCAGAGCCACCCACCUAAUCACCAGAAAAGAGCUUUGUUCACUUAUUUUCCCCUCACUUCCUUCUCACAAAGUAAGUUUUACUUGCGAAAGGUCAUGGAAGAUGGCACACGUAGUAUCUAAGCCUUUCUUAUACUUGAGACUCCUGGCGCGUGACUGGCUUUGCUUUUUAAUCUAGAGCGCGUCUUAAAAACUUUUAACUGUCUUAGUUUUCCUACAAAUCCUUUCGAAUUAAGAUAUUGGAGAAUCUGUUCCUCCUCACCUUCCGUCCCUAGACUACUGUGUCCUGGUCGUUCUGUUGGGUGUAUGUUUCAUCGGUGUUCUAAAACGAAAUGAGUGAUUUCGGUCAUCCUCACUUAAGAAAGUCCCAGGACAACUAAGCCCCGGGGGCCGCGGAUAUUGCGUCAGAGCGCUGAAGAAUUCUUCCGAGCGUUUGGCAGCUGCCUGGGUGCCCAGUCACCAGUUCUGCCCUGCGGUGUGGCCUCCUGUGGAUCCCAGCGGUCUGGGCGUUAAGGGUGGAGCCUGUGCUGCUGGGUUCUAGCCUUUCCCUGAUUGGACGACAUGAAUAUUUAAAAUCACCCGCCCGCUCCGGAAUUUGUAGAUUCUGGUUUCCGCUGCUUACUUUGGGUCUUUGAAAUCCCUGUUAUUUCUCGGUUUGUGGAUCGUUUUUGCAUUUAAUUCUUCUCGGAACGCUCCGGCCUUAGGUCACUGCACGGCGCUGGUCAUUGAGGUCUGGGCUCAAAAGCCACCUCUCGGAGGCCUUCCCAAGUCCCACUCAGGAAUUGGCGCCUCUUGUUCCUGCCUGUCAUCCGGUCUCAUGGUUUUCUCUUCCUCCUAGCAGCCGUCAGAAAUUGGUUCGUUUCUUAGGUAUGGUCUUUGUUCUCAACCCCUUAACAGAGACUUUGCUGGUCUGUUUUUCUGUAUUGUCCGUGCCAAUCAGUGCCUGGCACAAAGCGGACACUUAAAUACUUACUGAAUUAUUAAGAUCUGUCGAAUUAAUUUUCCCACCCCAUCCUUUUCUUAAUCGCUCCCGUGGAUGGAUGGGUGCCGUUCAUUUCCAUUAGAUACAUGUGAAGACAUGAAAAUGGAAAUGUUUUUGGAGCUCUUUGCCCAAGUCCGUCCGUGGUCACCUCAGGGCAAGAUCUCUGAGGAGGCCCGUGUUAAGAUUCUUUUUGCGCCAAAUAGGUGACAAUGGUUGGUUCUCCCUUUACGCUCCUUAGUGUAGCGUAACCUCUUUUGGAUUUUCGUUAAAUUCAGAGCAUUGAAUCCUUUUCCAGUCUCCUUUUCUGAAACCCAUCACUUCCACCCUGAUCCUCUGUUCCCCAUGGAGAUGAGCAUUUAAUUUACACUCACCUUCUCAUUUAUCAGGAAGCCCUGAAAAGAUAGACCCUGUAAGACAGGCAAGGUUAAUAACCCUUUUGCAAAGGAGGUUGAGAAAAGCAAUGGGAUUGGUUCACUGGUCAUGCAGCCAACUUUUCCACCUUUGUAUCCUCAAAUGCGUGGACAAUUGCAUUUUAGUUUUAUUUUGUGUGAUUACAGAAUGUUCACAGUCUUUCUGUCCAAGCCUUGAUUUUGCUGAUGAAGACACUGAUCAGUUAUUCAACUCUGCUUUUGGCUAAGGGGUUCUGGGGUUGAUCCUAAGAAUUUUGUGAAUUCAGAUGGACUCCAGACAUCAUGAACUGAAUAAGUCUUCUGUUUCCCACAUGCGUGUUUUCAAGUAUGUGUAGAUGCUAUUGUAUUAAUAAAAUUACCGAUUAAUUUAAAA